GGAGGCUCCGGUGGGGGCUGGCACUAGAGUCAGGGAUUUGCCCCGCGACGUCUGAGCGCUGGACCUGCGACGGUCCCGUGCACCCCGGCUUGUGCGAUCGCUCGCUGCUCUGGAUCCUCCAGGCCCAGGCGCCGGCGGCUGCGGGCGGCGGGUGGGUUGAGCUAAGGGAGACCAGAGGGUGCAGGCGCCCUGUGCUCGGAGCAAGCGUGAGGCUGCCGGGGACCGGGACGCCAUGUCCAUGGAGGACCCCUUCUUUGUGGUGAAAGGAGAGGUACAAAAAGCAGUUAAUACUGCCCAGGGAUUGUUUCAGAGAUGGACAGAGCUCCUCCAGGACCCCUCCACAGCAACAAGGGAAGAAAUUGACUGGACCACCAACGAACUAAGGAACAACCUCCGGAGCAUAGAGUGGGAUCUAGAGGACCUUGAUGAAACUAUCAGCAUAGUUGAAGCAAAUCCUAGAAAAUUCAACCUCGAUGCAACUGAAUUGAGUAUAAGAAAAGCCUUCAUUACAAGUACCCGGCAAGUUGUCAGGGACAUGAAGGAUCAGAUGUCAACUUCAUCUGUGCAGGCACUAGCUGAAAGAAAAAAUAGACAGGCACUGCUAGGAGAAAGUGGCGGCCAGAACUGGAAUGCUGGAACAAUGGAUAAAUAUGGGCGCCUCGAUCGAGAGCUGCAGCUAGCCAAUUCCCACUUCAUUGAGGAGCAGCAGGCACAGCAGCAGUUGAUUGUGGAACAGCAGGAUGAGCAGUUGGAGCUGGUCUCUGGCAGCAUCGGGGUGCUGAAGAACAUGUCCCAGCGCAUUGGAGGGGAGCUGGAGGAACAGGCAGUCAUGCUGGAUGAUUUCUCUCACGAGUUAGAGAGCACUCAGUCUCGGCUGGACAAUGUGAUGAAGAAACUUGCAAAAGUGUCUCAUAUGACCAGUGACCGGCGCCAGUGGUGUGCCAUCGCCAUCCUCUUUGCCAUCCUGCUGGUUGUGCUGGUCCUCUUCUUCGUGCUGUGA